UUUCUCAUUGUUUUUGGAAUGUCGUCAGAUCCGGUACAUAUGCUGCUACAGAGAAGGUCUAUUCAUUGUGAAUAUUCUCGAGAAUUCAUGUUACCCAUUCAAGCCUUGACUUUGAAUGUGGUCCCUGCAUACUUAAGUAUGUACUCCAAUGUACAUCACAUCUCAUGCAUGCAGACGCCCACGAGAUCUGGCUACGAGCAAAUCGUCGAAGAACCAGUAAAGGAAGCAGGAGUUGAAGUGACCUUUUGAUGCCAUUGAAGGUAAAGAAAGAGGCCACUAUCGACGUUGACAACAACAAGAGCAGUUUUCAUAUCAAGAAUCUUGCACACUGUCGAUCCUGAUGUGCGUUGGUCUUACCAAGCAUCAUGGCUGUGUAUUAUUAGAAGGUGCUAACUAGCUGAUCCACCCCGCCAAUUCACCCCACCAACGUCAAUACAACCCUGAUGUUGCGCUCUUCCGUGUUUCAUCACAACACAAGCUGCCAAAGCACCGCUGUAGUCAUUGACUUGCCAAUUUCUUGGGAACUUAACGAUUAAAUCUCAGCUUCCCAGAUCGCAAAGAUGCAAUCAGGAAUAUCUGCAUCCCAGGAGCUUCAGUCCGCCCUAGGAACCCUACUUUCGUCCACGACACAACGCGGCCUCCUCGCGACCAUCACGAACGAAACCAUUACCCCCGGCGCUACCAUUCCCUCCACAAGCCCUUCCUUCCUCUCCGACCUGUCCAACCUCUCCUCACACGUCACCCCAAAUGCCGCCCUAUACAUCCUCCUCCGCCGUGCGGACUCCCUCAGCUCAGCUGACAAAUCGCUCGUGGCCAUCACGUUCGUACCUAACGCAGCACCCGUACGGCAGAAAAUGCUCUUCGCCUCCACCCGCCUAACCCUCGUGCGCGAGCUUGGCGGCGAGCAUUUCCCCGAAAGCGUCUUUUGCACCGAGCCGUCGGAGCUCACAUCGCAAGGCUGGGAAAAGCACGUCAAGCACACCGAGAGCGAGAACCCACUUACAGCCGAGGAGCAGAGUCUACAGGAUAUCAAGCAAGCCGAGGCGCUGGAGUCGAGGGGCACGAGGGCGCAGGGGCUAGCGCAGGGAGCUGGGCUAGCGAUCCGUGCCGACGAGGAGAUUGCUGCGGCGCUGACGACGCUCGGUGAGGGCGGUGGAGAGAAUCUGGUGCAGCUUCGUAUGGAUGUUGCUACUGAGACGUUGCAGCUUGCGGGGACGUCGUCUGUUAGUGCGUUGUCGUCGCUCGCGUCGGCUAUCGAUGCUAAGGAGCCGAGGUUUUCGUUUUACAGGCAUACUGACCCGGAGGCGUCGGUGGUGUUUAUUUCGACGUGUCCGAGCGGGGCGAAGAUUAAGGAGAGGAUGUUGUAUGCGGCGAGUCGGGGGAAUGUGAUUGCGUUGGCGCAGAAGGAGGCUGGGUUGAAGGUUGCGAAGAGGAUUGAGGCGACGAAUCCCGAUGAGGUUACGGAGCAGGUGGUUUUGGAUGAGUUCAAGACUGAGGAGAAAGAGGAGAAGAAGGGGUUCGCUAAGCCUAAGAGGCCCGGACGGCGUUGA